CUAAGAUUAUAAAAUUGUAAUAUAAAAUGUAGCCCAGGGGCAAUCAAAAGUGCAUUAAGUUUGUGUAUUAUUUAAAAAUGAAUGUAUAUGUUGUGUGUUUAUGUUUUAUUUCUUGUAGUUUGGGAAGAAAACUCACAAUAACAGGUGGAGAUGUAGCUGUGCCUCACGCUUACCCAUACCAAGUUGGUAUACGAAUAAAUGAUGAUCAAUUCUGUGGAGGAUCUCUUAUUUCCGCAAAUUUUGUUCUCACUGCAGCUCACUGCGUAAACCGAAAAGAUCUGUCGCUGGAUAUCAUCUUAGGAGCACAUAACAUAUCCGAUACAGAAACAACCCAAAUUCACAGAACAAGCGCCAACAUAACAAUUCAUGAAGAGUUUGAUGACAUAAGCUUCCAAAACGACAUUGCUCUGAUAGAACUGGACGAGCCUGCUCCGAUAACUUCUGCCAUUCAAACAAUUCCUUUGCUUCCCCAGACGCAAGCUGAUGAUCCUUUCACAAACGAAUACGUAACUGUUACAGGAUGGGGUUUGAUUAAAGAUGUGUUCAAUCCCACUAUUAAAGAUAUAUCAAAGGUACUAAUGGUUGUAAAUGUUACAGUUAUGCUGUUGGAUGAUUGCAAAAAAUAUUAUGAUGGCGAUUACUUUAGUAGUAUAGUCUAUAUUACUAAUAAUAACAUUUGUACUAAUGGAAACGAUCAAAAAGGGACUUGCAGUGGGGAUUCUGGUGGACCUCUGGUCUGGGAUAAUGUUCAAAUUGGUAUAGUGUCUGCUGGAACAGGCUUGUGUCAGAUUGGUGCUCCAUCAGUGUUUACUCACGUUGGCAAAUAUUUGGACUGGAUUAAAAAAUAUGUUGAUGUAUAAACAAAUAAAUAAAUUAUUUAAGCAUGUUCAGUUUAGAUUGUAUAACUCAUACAUAAGUAAAAAACUUCGAUUUGUA